AUGAGCGACAAAAUUAGAAUUCGAUUUGGAAAUGGGGAAGUAGAAGGCAAGAGGAUCGAGGGGGAAGCAGCUGCCUUCUUGGGAAUACCAUACGCCCAGCCACCGGUGGGAGAAUUACGGUUUCAGGUGGGUUAAAGCAAUGUAAUCAAAUUAUUUUUAUUAUUAUGAGCUGUAGAAAAAUUAGGACACACCUUAAUCAAAUUAUGAAACUACUGCGAUGUUUUUAGAAGCCCAAGCCUGUGAAAAACUGGGAUGGAGUCAAAGAUUGCACCGAAUUUGGUGCUCAUUGUCCUUAUAAGGCCACCCAUACCGACAGGAUCACGGGAUCCGAUGAGGAUUGUCUUUAUCUCAAUGUGUUCGCUCCAAUCUCUAACAGUCAGGUAGAUCGCUCUAUAAGUAAGAUUACAGUUAUAUUAGGUGAAGAAAAAUCUACCAGUUUUCGUUUAUAUCCAUGGUGGGGGCUUUGUAAUGGACUGUUCGAACAAACUUGGGAUCGAAAACAUUGGAAGGUAAGAAAGAAAUGAUUCCAAUAUUAUUUUAGACAUCUAUGCAUCAAGGAUAUUAUUGUGGUCACCCUGAAUUAUCGUCUUGGUUUGUUGGGAUUCCUAUGUUGGAAUGACAAGAUCAAAGGGAAUUUUGGGCUCUAUGACAUGAAGAUGGCGUUGGAAUGGGUGGUUCGGAAUAUAUCAGCCUUUGGCGGGGAUCCCCACAACAUUACGGUGGGCGGCCAAUCAGCCGGCGCGGUGGCCGUAGAUCUGCUCUCCCUCUCUCCACUGACUCGGGACCUCUUCCAGAAUUGUAUCAAUUUUGCGGGAACCUCAUUCUGUGUAUUUGCAACUAAGGAUCAAUCAAAAAUUAAAGAAUUUGCCAUUGAUUUUGCGAAAAAACAUCUGAGAUAUCAAGGAGAUGGAGAAGAUGACAAAGUGCUCGAGAUUUUGAAAACCGCUGAUUGCAGGGACUUGGCUAUUGAAGGCUUGGCCAAUCUUGGGCCAGUUCUUGAUGGAGAGUUCUUCCCGAAAGAUCUAGAUGCCCUAAGGGAAGAAGCCCCGAGGAAAAAUGUUUUAACUGGAGUCACAGAAUACGAAUGCCUCACUUUUGGCGAGUGCAGACAUGAAUGAUAACAGCUCUUGUGCUUUUAGGAAUUUUCUCACAACAAUUCCCGACCCUAAAGGCAUCAGUUCCAUUUUUUGUGAGGCUAAUCAACGAAACAAUCGACGUGAAGCCUGCUGAAGACUUAUAUGACAAGUUUGUUGACGAAACUCUUGAUGAAAAGGACCCAGAAAAGUAUAAACAGUUCACAAAUGUGGGUUUGAAUGGAUAAAAAUAGAUUUUUUUUGUUUGUCUCAUGGAAAAUAUAAUUUUAGUUUCUAUCCGAUCUCUAUUUCAAUUAUGGGACAUAUAGGAUGGUCAAGCAUCGAGUGGAGCGUGGAGAGGAUGUAUAUCAGUUCAGAUUCACCUAUUUUAAAGAGGGAACCAACGGUUCUUAUGCCUCUUUGAUCCCUUUCCAAGGCGCCUCUCAUUGUCUCGAAUUACCGUAUCUCUUCGGGAUCAGUUACAUCGAUGAGGGAGAGUUUGAACCUGACGAGAAUGACAAAAUCAUGAUCGACUAUUUCAGUGGAUAUCUCAUCAAUUUCAUCAAGAAUGGGUAGGGUUACGGUAGUUUGGGGAUACUGUAAUUUUAGGAAUCCAAAUGAUGAGAAAUUAAAUGGAUGGGAGAAAGUGACCAAAGAGAACCUGGCGGGACAUAUGUGCUUUGAUCUAGAACCAAAAAUGCACAAUGUUGGAUUGUACAGUAGUCAAUUACACGAGCUGGAUGCCUUUUUCAAGCAAUAG